CGGAAACACCCGAGUGGCGCUGCGUGAGGAGGAGGAGGCGGCGGCGGGAGGCGAUGAAGAGCGGCCGGGGCUGCCGGUAGCGAGCUCCGCCGAGCCGAGCCGGGCCAGGCCCGGGGCCAUGGCGGCCAACAUGUACCGGGUGGGCGACUACGUCUACUUCGAAAACUCCUCUAGCAACCCCUAUCUCGUCCGGCGCAUCGAGGAGCUCAACAAGACAGCCAACGGCAAUGUGGAGGCCAAGGUCGUCUGCCUCUUCCGGCGCCGUGACAUCUCCAGCAGCCUCAACAGCCUGGCCGACAGCAAUGCCCGGGAGUUUGAGGAGGAGUCAAAGCAACCAACAAUGACAGAGCAGCAGCGGCACCAGCUGAAGCAUCGCGAGCUCUUCCUGUCCCGCCAGUUCGAGUCGCUGCCGGCCACUCACAUAAGGGGGAAGUGCAGCGUGACACUGCUCAACGAGACUGACAUCCUGGGCCAGUACCUGGAGAAGGAGGACUGUUUCUUCUACUCGCUGGUGUUCGACCCUGUGCAGAAGACCCUCUUGGCCGACCAGGGCGAGAUUCGUGUCGGCUGCAAGUACCAGGCUGAGAUCCCCGACCGGCUGGCUGAAGGUGAGUCUGACAACCGCAACCAGCAGAAAAUGGAGAUGAAGGUCUGGGAUCCCGACAACCCCCUAACGGACCGGCAGAUAGACCAGUUCCUCGUGGUGGCCCGGGCUGUGGGGACUUUCGCACGAGCUCUGGACUGCAGCAGCUCCAUCCGACAGCCCAGCCUGCACAUGAGUGCCGCUGCUGCCUCCCGGGACAUCACGCUGUUCCAUGCCAUGGACACACUGCAGCGCAACGGGUACGACUUGGCCAAGGCCAUGUCCACGCUGGUGCCACAGGGGGGACCAGUGCUGUGCCGUGAUGAGAUGGAGGAGUGGUCAGCCUCUGAGGCCAUGCUCUUUGAGGAGGCACUCGAGAAGUACGGCAAGGAUUUCAAUGACAUCCGGCAGGACUUCCUGCCCUGGAAGUCCCUGGCCAGCAUCGUGCAGUUCUACUACAUGUGGAAAACCACUGACCGCUACAUCCAACAGAAAAGGUUGAAGGCAGCGGAAGCUGACAGCAAACUGAAGCAGGUCUACAUCCCCACUUAUACGAAGCCAAACCCAAAUCAGAUCAUCUCGGUGGGCUCCAAACCCGGCAUGAAUGGUGCCGGCUUCCAGAAGGGGCUGACCUGCGAGAGCUGCCACACCACACAGUCGGCCCAGUGGUAUGCCUGGGGCCCCCCCAACAUGCAGUGCCGCCUCUGUGCCUCCUGUUGGAUUUACUGGAAGAAGUACGGGGGGCUCAAGACCCCCACGCAGCUGGAGGGCGCUGCCCGCAGCACCACGGAGCCACACUCACGGGGCCACUUGUCACGGCCAGAGGCGCAGAGCCUGUCACCCUACACGACCAGCGCGAGCCGAGCCAAGCUGCUGGCCAAGAACAGACAGACCUUCCUGCUGCAGACUACGAAGCUGACCCGCCUGGCACGCCGCGUCUGCCGCGACAUCCUGCAGCCCCGGCGUGCCGCCCGCCGCCCCUAUGCUCCCAUCAAUGCUAAUGCUAUCAAGGCUGAGUGCUCCAUUCGCCUCCCCAAGGCAGCCAAGACACCCCUGAAGAUCCACCCGCUGGCACGGCUGCCCCUGGCCACUAUUGUCAAGGAGCUGGCGGCCCAGGCCCCGCUGAAGCCCAAGACGCCGCGUGGCACCAAGACACCCAUCAACCGGAACCAGAUGAGCCAGAGCCGGGGCCUGGCUGGCAUCGUGGGCAAGAGGGCCUACGAGGGGGCCAGUGACGCGCACCGCGUGGCCCGGGUACGCAAGGUGGUGGGGGGUGGCGUCCCCUUCUCAGCCAACGGGCGGCCCCUGAGCUCAGGGCUCCGGGCCAGCGCGCAGCCGGCCGCCAAGCGCCAGAAGCUCAACCCAGCUGAUGCCCCCAACCCUGUCGUCUUUGUUGCCACCAAGGACACCAGGGCACUGCGCAAAGCCCUGACCCACCUGGAGAUGCGGCGAGCUGCCCGCCGGCCCAACCUGCCCCUCAAGAUCAAGGCCACACGCCCCACAGUUGCCCCCCUGGCGCCCGUGCCCCCUGCCCGGCCCGCCAGCACCACGGAGCCCAUCGUCCUGGAGGACUGAGCCGGGAGGGGGGGGGCCUUUCCUUUUUAUAUUUUUUUAUUUCCAUGUAUGCUCCCACAACGUGGCUGGGGGGGCCGGGGCCCAGCCUUGGAGGGCGGAGGGGGGGGUCCGGGCCUCUGGGGCUGCCCCCUUCAAUGCAGCUACUUCCUGUCUGUGUGACCUACCCCCCCCUUCCCCCCAGGGCCAGAGGGGAGGGCGCCUGCCCGCCCUUCUCUCUCCUCCCCGGGGUGUUUUUGUACCUCGCCCUGUAACCAGUUCUUAUAGUGACCAACCGGGAAAUAAAACGACACCUUUUCUUCA